GUUUGAGUUCACGUUCGUUUUGCCUCUGGCGUUAAGAGGGAAACAAAACAAACACAAAACAGAAAAUUUUCUUUUCCAGAGAGAAAGUGAAGGAAAGCGCGAGAAAAUUGAAAACAAAAGAGAAAAUUAAUAAUAGUUGCAGAACUUCAAUUGCAAGGGUUUUGAAAGUGCAACAUUGUCAUAUUUUCGCAUGUGUUUCCAUUUCUGAAUUGAAACUCGAAGAGCAAGGUUUUUUUCGCAUUGUUAUGCCGCGCGAAUUCAAUUACAAGCUAUUAUAGGUGAACAUUUACGUGAUUAAAACGAGUCAGGUCCUGGCAUUUUGAGAGAGAAAUUAUUGGAUCUUCAUGAGGCGACGGCGUUUUAUUUGAAAUUAUCAGAAUAUGUGUCGUUUGGCUUGAAUAAUGAUACAUUUUGCAUUUUGGCGUUGAGGAGGCAACAUUGGAUUUACGCUGGAUCUAAAUCUGAUUAACUUUUGUGGUUAAUCAUGGUUGCUUCAGAAAAUCUAUUUGUUGGAUGUUGGGUUUGGUUGGAGGAUCCUCAGGUAGCUUGGAUAGAUGGAGAAGUUGUUGCAAUUAAUGGUGAAUUGGUUACAGUCAACUUUACGUCUGGAAAGACAAUUGUUGUUGAAGCGUCUGAUGUUUAUCCAAAGGAUCCUGAAUUUCCUUCUUGCGGUGUGGAUGAUAUGACAAAGCUGGCAUAUCUGCAUGAGCCAGGGGUUCUAUACAAUCUUAGUUGUAGAUAUAACGAAAAUGAAAUAUAUACUUACACGGGGAAUAUAUUGAUAGCGGUGAACCCUUUUCAAAGACUUCCUGAUUUAUAUGGCAAUGAUGUGAUGAGAAAGUAUAAAGGGGCAGCCAUUGGAGAGUUGCUCCCUCAUCCAUUUGCUGUUGCAGAUUCAGCAUACAGACUGAUGAUUAAUGAGGGAAUAAGCCAGGCAAUUUUGGUUAGUGGAGAAAGUGGAGCUGGUAAAACAGAGAGUACAAAGAUGCUUAUGCGUUAUUUGGCCUACAUGGGAGGUAGAGCUGCAGGUGAGGGAAGAUCCGUGGAGCAGAAAGUUCUAGAGUCUAAUCCUGUUUUGGAAGCAUUUGGUAAUGCAAAGACUGUGAGAAAUAACAAUUCAAGUCGUUUUGGCAAGUUUGUGGAGAUUCAGUUUGAUCAAAGGGGGAGGAUUACUGGCGCUGCCAUCAGGACUUAUUUACUGGAACGAUCUCGCGUUUGUCAAGUAUCUGACCCUGAGAGAAAUUAUCAUUGCUUUUACAUGCUAUGUUCAUCUCCUGAGGAGGAUAUGAAGAAGUACAAGCUUGGGAAUCCUCGAAAAUUUCAUUAUCUCAAUCAGUCAAACUGUUAUGAGCUGGAUGGAGUGGACGAUUCUAACGAGUAUCUCACUACUAGGAAGGCUAUGGAUGUUGUUGGAAUAAAUGUUCAUGAGCAGGAUGCAAUAUUUCGAGUUGUGGCUGCAAUACUACAUCUAGGCAAUGUUGAGUUUGAGAAGGGAGAUGAAUCAGAUUCUUCUGAACCCAAGGAUGAUAAGUCUAGGUUCCAUCUGAAGACAGCUGCUGAACUUUUCAUGUGUGAUGAAAAGUCUCUUGAGGACUCCUUGUGCAAACGCGUGAUAGUGACUCGUGAUGAGACCAUAACAAAAUCACUUGAUCCAGCUGCUGCCACUGUCAACAGAGAUGCUUUGGCCAAAAUUGUUUAUUCGAGAUUAUUUGAUUGGCUUGUGAACAACAUUAAUAACUCUAUUGGUCAAGACCCUAAUUCUAAAUCCUUGAUUGGGGUUCUGGACAUUUAUGGAUUUGAAAGUUUCAAGACAAACAGUUUUGAGCAAUUUUGUAUCAAUUUGACGAACGAAAAGCUGCAGCAACAUUUUAACCAGCAUGUUUUUAAGAUGGAGCAAGAAGAAUAUACAAAAGAAGAAAUUGACUGGAGUUACAUAGAGUUCAUUGACAAUCAGGAUGUGCUUGAUCUAAUUGAAAAGAAACCUGGAGGCAUCAUUGCUCUUCUUGACGAGGCUUGUAUGUUUCCCAGAUCAACACAUGAGACGUUUGCUCAAAAGCUUUAUCAUACUUUUAAGGACCAUAAGCGCUUCAGCAAGCCUAAGUUAGCACUUAGUGAUUUCACUAUUUGUCAUUAUGCGGGUGAUGUUACAUACCAAACUGAAUACUUUCUGGAUAAGAACAAAGAUUAUGUUGUUGCAGAGCACCAAGCUCUCCUUUGCGAGUCCAAGUGCUCCUUUGUUUCAGGCCUGUUCCCACCAUUACCAGAGGACUCUGCAAAAUCAUCAAAGUUUUCGUCUAUAGGUUCUUUAUUUAAGCAACAACUGCAAGCUUUGCUUGAAACGCUGAGUGCCACUGAACCACACUACAUUCGUUGUGUAAAGCCAAAUAACAUUUUAAAGCCAGCAAUCUUUGAGAACAAUAAUGUUUUGCAGCAACUGCGCUGUGGGGGAGUCAUGGAGGCAAUCAGGAUUAGCUGUGCGGGAUACCCCACCCGGAAGAUUUUUGAUGAAUUUAUUGCUCGUUUUAGCAUCCUCGGACCAGAUGUUCUCACUGGGAGUUAUGAUGGGCCUACUGCAUGUAAGAGGCUUUUGGACAAGGCAAAACUGCAAGGUUAUCAGAUUGGCAAAACAAAAGUAUUUCUCAGAGCUGGUCAAAUGGCAGAACUAGAUGCUCGCCGAAACGAGGUGCUAGGAAGAUCAGCUAGCAUUAUUCAAAAGAAAGUUCGUUCAUACUUCUGUCGCAAAAGCUUUGUUCAGUUGCGGCAGUCGGCCAUCAGUAUUCAGACACAGUGCAGAGGCCAAGUAGCACGUCAUCAGUAUGAAUAUCUGAGAAGAGAAGUUGCAUGUCUUAAGAUCCAGAAACACUCUCGGAGAUGUCUUGCAAGGAAAGUUUACAACAAUCUCUGCUCUUCAGCUGUUUCUAUUCAGACAGGUCUGCGUGGAAUGGCUGCUCGUAUCGAGCUGUGCUUCAGGAAGAAGACAAGAGCUGCUAUUGUGAUCCAGAGUGAGUGCCGAAGAUACUUCACCUCCCUCCAUUAUUUGAUGUUAAAGGAAGCAACAAUCAUCACGCAAUGUGCCUGGAGAAGAAGAGUUGCACGUAGAGAACUACGGAUACUUAAAAUGGCUGCUAAGGAGACUGGUGCACUCCAAGAGGCCAAAGUUAAACUGGAACAGCAAGUUGAAGAACUUACCUGGAGUCUGGAGUUGGAAAAGCAAAGAAGGGCUGACCUCGAGGAAGCCAAAACACGGGAGAAUGUUAAAUUACAUUCUGCUUUGCAAGAGAUGCAGCUUGAAUUUCAAGAAACUAAAGCCCGUCUUAUUAAUGAAUGUGAGGCUGCAAAGAGAGCCAUUGAACAUGUUCCUACCAUCCAGGAGGUCUUAGUUGUUGACCAGGAAGUAGUGAAUAAACUUACUUCUGAAAAUGAGAUGCUCAAGGUUAUGGUAAAUUCUCUCGAAAAGAGAAUUGAUGAAACUGAAAGGAAGUAUCAAGAAACCAAUAAGCUCAGUGAAGAAAGGUUAAAACAGGCAUUGGAUGCAGAGACUAAGAUAAUUGAGUUGAAAACUGCCAUGCAAAGGCUUGAAGAAAAACUCGCUGAUAGAGAAACCAGGGAUGAGAUUCUACGGAGCCAAACAUCAUCCAGUUCAUCAGUCAAAAAAAUGUCAGAACAUUUAGGCAUUACAUCUCAGUCUCUGGAGAAUGGUCAUCAUGAGACACAGAGCUCUUCGCCAGCAAAAAAGUUUGGUACAGAAUCUGACAAAAAACUGGGGAAAUCUCAAAUUGAGCGGUUACAUGAGAAUGUUGAUUCUCUAAUUAAAAGUGUGGAGCAAAAUCUUGGUUUCAGUCAAGGAAAGCCCGUUGCAGCAAUUACUAUAUACAGAUGCCUUGUCCACUGGAAAUCAUUUGAAGCAGAAAAAACUAGCGUAUUUGACCGUCUUAUUCAGAUAAUUGGUUCUGCAAUGGAGAACGCAGAUAACAAUGAUCACAUGGCUUAUUGGCUAUCUAAUACAACUAUGCUGUUUUGCUUACUUCAAAGAACUUUAAAAGGAAGUCAAAAGCCGCCUAUUCCAACAUCAUUUUUUGGCAGGGUGACUCAAAGUUUUCGUUCCUCCCCUUCUUCUGCCAACCUAAGAGUUGGUAAAGACAUGAUACAGAUGGUUGAGGCUAAAUAUCCAGCCUCGUUAUUUAAGGAACAGCUUACAGCUUAUGUAGAAACAAUAUAUGGAAUCAUUCGAGAGAAUUUAAAGAAAGACCUGUCACCACUGCUCUCUUCCUGUAUUCAGGUACUCGGUACAUCAAGGGGAAAUGCUUUAGAUUCUGGUCCAGAAAAUCAAUGGAACAGCCUUGUUGAAAGCCUGGAUGGGAUGUUAGCUAUAUUCAAAGAAAAUUUUGUACCUUCAAUUCUUGUUCAAAAGAUCUUUACUCAAAUUUUUUCACACAUGAAUGUGCAGCUGUUCAAUAGUCUUCUUCUUCAUCGAGAAUGCUGCACAUUUGGCCAUGGAAAAUAUGUGAAGACCGGAUUGGCUGAGUUAGAACUGUGGUGUGGCCAGGCAAAAGAAGAGUAUGUAGGGUCAUCUUGGGACGAACUUAAACAAACAAGGCAAGCUGUUGGAUUCUUGGUUAUACAUGAGAAGUCAACGAUAUCCUAUGAUGAAAUUAUUAGUGACCUUUGCCCGGCCCUGAGUAGCUUACAGCUUAACAAAAUGUGCACGCUAUACUGGGAUGAUGACCACAACACUCAAACUGUUUCUUUGGAUGUCCUUUCCACCAUCAAAACGCUGAUGGGUGAUCACGACAUUGAAAAUAGCAAGUCUUUUUUGUUGAAAGAUGAUUCCAGUAUUCCUUUCUCAAUUGAUGAGGUUUCGAGUUCUUUUCAAGAUAAUGACAUUUCAGAUAUAAAACCUGCUUCAGACCUUCUUGAGAAUCCAGACUUCCACUUUUUACAGGAAUAAAGUUGUGGUUCUUUUAGCGAUAAAUUUCCUAUCGUAAAUUCAAUUACCUGAAAUUCCCGUCGACGCCAUUCAGUAAAUCCACAUCCGUUUCUGCGUGUUCCUGUCAUUUUAACAUCCAAUGCCCCAAAUGUAACAUCAUUAUGUUAAAUUAGGAUUGUAAAAAUCUCAUAGGAUGGUUCUCAUAGGGUUUUACAGUUUUUUUAUCAUUAAUUUCAGUUGGGCUAGCACUCCUUUAGGACUGGUAGGAAGGAAAAAAUUCUUAGAUGAUGUAGUGUUUUCGGGUGCUGAUGUUUAGAGACUAAUCAUGUACAAAGUCACGGAACAGACCUUCGAUAUUUAUACUCAAUUAUGCUUUUUCAGAA